CCGGAGCAUGCGCAGUGGGUCGCGUGGAGUCUCUCCGGAUGUGGAGGAUGUUUCCUCAACAGUCUCCAGCUCCUCGUCAGAGGACGUUUGUGAAAACAUCCAGCGGAGCCCGUGUGGCCUGAAGAGGCAGAAACAGACCCACCUAGACGGCCCUAGUGAGUCCGAUCCGCCCGGUCCACACGGAACUUUCCUCGGAACCGAGUGAGGAGGACAACAGCUCGUUUCUCUGCGGCAGGAAGGUCAGCUCACUAGGCGGCACACAUCACUAUGGCCCAGGAGACCAAUCAGAGCCCAGUUCCUAGCCUCUGUGCCACUGGCUGUGGUUUCUUUGGCAACCCCAGGACAAAUGGCAUGUGCUCUGUGUGCCACAAGGAACACCUGUCCAGACAGAACAAUGGAGGACUCAGUUCUUUGAGCUCUAUGGGCAGCAGCAGUGGCUCAGCUGAGGCGUCGGCCAUCCAGAGGUUAGAGGCCACUUUGAACAAUGCUGCAGCCGCCGCGGUCGCUGCAGCAGAGGAGGCGGCCAAGGCAGCCGCCGCCGCUGAGGCUGUCGCCGCCGAGGCGCUCAGUGGGGCUUCGUCGGCCCUGACUAUGACCCAGCAGAUGACGGAGAUGAGCCUCUCCUGUGAGGAGAGAGGAGCCUCAGGGAGCAGGACAGAGCUCACAGAGCCAGUGGUGAGUCAACCCACAGUCUCAUCCUCCGGCCCGUCCACUGCUGGCAGUGACGAGUCCGAAACCCCAGAGCCCGAGAAACCCAAGAAGAAACGCUGCUUCAUGUGCCGUAAAAAGAUCGGCCUCACAGGUUUCGAUUGCCGCUGUGGGAAUCUGUUUUGUGGAAUUCACCGUUACUCCGACAAGCACAACUGCCCGUACGACUACAAAGCCGAAGCUGCCGCCAAGAUCCGCAAAGAGAACCCCGUGUGCGUCGCUGACAAGAUCCAGAGAAUAUGAGGAGGCUUCUCAGUUUGACUUUGAAUACUGGGAGUGGAUCGGAUUUAAAAAAACAAAAAAAGACUUGAGCCCAAACCUUCUCCCUGAAGGAUCCGUUCUUUUUUUCUUUUCUGGCUUGUAACACAUUCAGGACUCUCCCCCCCCCCCCCCCCCCCCCCCCGCGCAUGGAAGUUCACGUGUAUUUUCAGCUUUGUUGUUGUUCGGGGUGUGUGAGUCUAACAGAUUUGAAGAGUUGUAUUGAACAAGUAAAUAUUGUGUGUGAGGAUUCAGUGUGGGUGGGAGUUUCGAUGUUUUGAGAAGUGACUGAGCGAGACCGCUGAAGAAAACCGUUGUUUCCCUUUAGAGAAGCUCUGUUGAUGUGUGUCCGGUCCGUGGUGAUCGGGCUGCGAUCACGUGACCUCGGCCCGGGAAGCGUCCGGACACAUCCAGGCUUCUGAUUGGCCUCUUGACUGUUACUGCUGCCGGCUGAUUGGACCAGCUCGGCCGCUGCGCUUGCUCUCUGCUGGCUUGAGUAGCAAAAUGGACAUUUGCCUCUUUCCCUCUGGUUGUAUUUUCUUUUUCUUGGAGGUCAGAGCUAAACGCUCCUGACUUGGUGGGACUUUGCUUCCUGGUAAGUUAUUAUCCGAGUGAAAAACGCUUCUCUGUGCUGCCGGACUCCCGACCUGUCCGACCCGCCUGGGACUUCAAAAUAAAGCGAGACUCUGUGGCUAGUGCUCCUCUUCUUCCCUUCUGCAGGAUCAUGAUGUAGUGUGGCAGUGAAAUCCUUCUUCUCCCGUCGUUACUGGACUGAAUGCUGUGAUUUGCUCGAGGGGGGGGGGGGGUGGCGGACACUCAGAUUUCUGCUUUUUAAAAACCAUCCACUGAAGUCACAUAACCAAACGUGUCAAGCGUUGUUUUAUUUUCUCCUUUUUGUUUUGUUGUUGUUAUCCAGAAAAGUGAUUUGUAUGCUGUGUGUUGUUGUCUGACAAGUAGCCUACACUUGUAUUAAUUCUUGCCUUUGGAAAUGUUUAGCUCCACUAAUCUUUUCAUUUUUAAUUUACUUCACUAUUGAAUGUUUAUCAGUUUUUAAUGUGAGCUGACAGAUUCACCACAUGGGGAGUGUUGGCCUGCUGUGUGCCGUGUGUCAAACACAAGAAGUGUGUGUUUGUGGGAGUAGAUGUCGUCGGCUGGUGUGUGAGUAUCGUAUGAAGCCGAGUGGUUGUGUGUCGCGGUGACUUGUGAACGACCUGUGGACGUAGGUUAUUAAUAAUUUACCAUUUCUGAUGAUUUUUUGGUCUGGCUGCUUCGUGUGUGUUGUUUAUUUUUAUCCUUUUAGUUAUGCAAGUUUGUACAAACAUCUUUAUUUAUAUACUGCAGUGCGCAUAAUCUUCCAUUAGUACAGAGUAAAUUGU